CUCAUCUUUCUCGAACUCGCCACCACUCGAUCUCACAAGUGUCUGAAAGAUAAAUUGGAAGCAAUGGCUGACGCGAAAAAGAAGCUCACUUGGCUGGUAACUGGAUCUAGCAAUGGUAUUGGGCUGGCACUGGUGAGGUAUAUUUUGAGCACAGGGGACAACGUAAUAGCAACAUCGCGUAACCCGUCCAAAACACCACACCUCGUCCAGGAAAUCGAAGCACACCCCAACGGUAAAUGGGCCGUUCUAGAUGUGGCAUGGACUCAAACCAAAAUCACAGAAGCCAUCAAUGAAGCAGACGUGCUUUUCGAAGGCGGGAUCACGGCAAUCGUUAAUAACGCUGGUUUCGCAGUCGCGGGUGCCGUCGAAGACGUGCCAGAAGAGCAAGUGAAAGAAGAGUUUGAAGUUAAUGUCUGGGGCACGGUACGUGUUUGUAAAGCGGUUCUGCCGUUGAUGAGGGAGAGGGGUGGUGGGAAUAUUGUGCAGAUUAGCAGUGCGGUUGGGUUGGCAGUUUUUCCAGGGGUGGGGAUGUAUUCCGCGUCCAAGUUUGCGCUGGAAGCUAUCUCGGAGGCGCUUUCGCAGGAAACGGCAACGUUUGGGAUCCGUACGUUGAUCGUGAACUUGGGCGCUUUCAGGACGAACUUCCUUGCGUCGGGUUCUAUGGCUGUCACGGAGCCUUCGCCGCACUAUCAGACACCGCAUGUUGUCGCUGCUGUUCUAGAAUCUGAGCGUGAGAAGAGUGGAAAACAGAGAGGAGAUCCCGAGAAAGCAGUGAAAAUAAUCCACGAUGCUGUUAGUGGGAGGGAUGAGAAGUUAGCCAAGGUCCUCAGAUUGGUGAUAGGAGCGGAUAGCUGGGAGAUAUGUACUGCUCGGUUGAAUCAGGUGCGGAGUGAUUUCGAGGUCUGUAAGGAGGUUGCGUUUAGUUCUGAUAUUGUAGAAUGA